CUGCGUGCUUACGCAGCACGCACGACCGGGGGUGGGGCAGGCGGCCGGGCGGGCAGCGGAGGCGCGGGGCCUGGUCCCGCGGGCAACCAUGGCCAAGACUGUGGCCUAUUUUUACGACCCAGACGUGGGCAACUUCCAUUACGGGGCUGGGCACCCAAUGAAGCCCCAUCGCUUGGCACUGACCCAUAGUCUGGUCCUGCACUACGGUCUCUAUAAGAAGAUGAUCGUCUUCAAGCCAUACCAGGCCUCCCAGCAUGACAUGUGCCGCUUCCACUCUGAGGACUACAUCGACUUCCUGCAGAGAGUCAGCCCCACCAAUAUGCAGGGCUUCACUAAGAGCCUUAAUGCUUUCAACGUGGGUGAUGACUGCCCAGUGUUUCCAGGGCUCUUUGAAUUCUGCUCCCGUUAUACAGGCGCAUCUCUGCAAGGAGCAACCCAGCUGAACAACAAGAUCUGUGAUAUUGCCAUUAACUGGGCUGGUGGUCUGCACCAUGCCAAGAAGUUUGAGGCCUCUGGCUUCUGUUAUGUCAAUGACAUUGUGAUUGGCAUCCUGGAACUGCUCAAGUACCAUCCUCGGGUGCUCUACAUUGAUAUUGACAUCCACCAUGGUGACGGGGUUCAGGAAGCUUUCUACCUCACUGAUCGGGUCAUGACAGUGUCCUUUCACAAGUACGGAAACUACUUCUUCCCCGGCACAGGUGACAUGUAUGAAGUUGGAGCAGAGAGUGGCCGCUACUACUGCCUCAAUGUGCCCUUGCGGGAUGGCAUUGAUGACCAGAGUUACAAGCACCUUUUCCAGCCAGUUAUCAACCAGGUGGUGGACUUCUACCAACCUACAUGCAUUGUUCUCCAGUGUGGAGCUGACUCCCUGGGCUGUGAUCGAUUGGGCUGCUUCAACCUCAGCAUUCGAGGACACGGAGAGUGCGUUGAAUAUGUCAAGAGCUUCAAUAUCCCUCUACUGGUGCUAGGCGGUGGUGGCUAUACUGUCCGAAAUGUUGCCCGCUGCUGGACAUAUGAGACAUCACUGCUGGUAGAAGAGGCCAUUAGUGAGGAGCUUCCCUACAGUGAAUACUUUGAGUACUUUGCCCCGGACUUCACGCUCCAUCCAGAUGUCAGCACUCGCAUUGAGAAUCAGAACUCACGCCAGUAUCUGGACCAGAUCCGCCAGACAAUCUUUGAAAACCUGAAGAUGCUGAACCAUGCACCUAGCGUCCAGAUUCAUGAUGUGCCAGCAGACCUCUUGACCUAUGACAGGACUGAUGAGGCUGAUGCAGAGGAGAGGGGUCCUGAGGAGAACUAUAGCAGGCCAGAGGCACCCAAUGAGUUCUAUGAUGGAGACCAUGACAAUGACAAGGAAAGUGAUGUGGAGAUUUAAGAGCAGCUGUGUCUCAAGGAAUUCCUUUUUACCUCUUGGUUGAGUGGGAGGGGAAAAGUGUAGGUUCCUUAGCCCCGGACUGGUCACUUUCGGGGCUUUUACCAAUGCUAAGGGAUGGUUUGGAGACCACAACUGGUUCUUAAACCAACUAUCCCCUUUCUUCUCCCUUCCAAGGCCUGACAAUGGUACCUAUUAAGGAUUGUAUGGGACAAGGGUAGCUCUCUCCAGGACAUCUUGAGCAGUGGGCCCUAGGUGCCAGCUACAGCCCCUCUGGCCCCCUUAUUCCUUCCCUGCUUCCCUCCAAUCCAGAGACUUCUAGGGAAAAAGGGGUAAUCAGGACUGAGGUUGCCUCUGACUUCCUCCUCUCCUGGGUUCUCAUACUGCAGUACAGUACAGGUGAAGAGUGAGAGAUCUUAGGGGUCUCUGGCUCCCUAACACCUUAACUCCAGAUGAUGAGACAUACGGUUUUGAUUUGGGGGAGGAUGUGAAAAUAUGCUGUUCUACCUUUUGGCUUUAUGUCCAUUUCACCACUGUUUUUAUUCAAUAAACCAAGUUGGUAUUUUUUGUA